ACAAUAUGAAGGUCAGGGAACGGUCCUCGCUGCUGACGCCCACCGCUGUCAUUGGUCAAGAAAUGACCUACGUCUAAUUUAACGCAAUCUGAUUGGAUGUGAAAACCAGGAAGUGGGGGAGUAACCAAUCCACGGGAUAAAAUAAAAGUCCUCACCGGUCUGACGGUAAAAGAGUAGACUCAUAUUCUUCUCUUGAGGGGUGAGCUGUCAAUUUAACAUCUCCUGCAUCCGUUGUUUAACGUUUUGACUUUAAUUUCGCCAUAUUAUAAUCGACCAUGGCUGCCUACAAGUUAGUGUUGAUCCGCCACGGAGAGAGCACCUGGAACCAGGAGAAUCGCUUCUGCGGCUGGUUCGAUGCGGAUUUGAGUGAAACCGGAGAGAAGGAGGCAAAGAGAGGUGGACAGGCUCUGAAAGAUGCUGGAUUUGAGUUUGAUAUUUGCUACACCUCCGUGCUGAAGCGGGCCACCAGGACACUGUGGUUGGUCCUGGACAGCAUUGACCAGAUGUGGGUGCCAGUCCAUCGGACCUGGCGGCUCAAUGAGCGCCACUACGGAGGCCUAACUGGACUAAACAAGGCAGAGACAGCCGCCAAGCAUGGCGAGGCUCAGGUGAAGAUCUGGAGGCGCUCGUUUGACAUCCCACCUCCUCCCAUGGGCCAAGACCAUGACUACAACAGCAUCAUCAGCAAGGAUCGGCGCUAUGCCGACCUGACUGAGGACCAGCUUCCUUCCUGCGAGAGCUUGAAGGACACCAUCGCACGGGCGCUGCCCUUCUGGAACGAGGAGAUCGCCCCUGAGAUCAAAAAGGGAAAGCGGGUGCUCAUCGCUGCCCAUGGAAACAGUCUGAGGGGGAUUGUUAAGCACCUGGAGGGAAUGUCAGAUGAAGCUAUCAUGGAGCUGAACCUGCCAACAGGCAUCCCCAUCCUCUACGAGCUCGACAAGAACCUGAAGCCUUUGAAGCCGAUGCAGUUCCUGGGAGAUGAGGAGACUGUACGUAAAGCCAUGGAGGCCGUGGCGGCUCAAGGAAAGGCCAAGAAGUAAAGGCACAGAAAAGCUCUCUUUGUGUAUGACAGAGUUGGUUGUGCCCAACAACUGACCUCAGUUAAGUGUUUUUACUAAAUCCUUACCUAUUCUGGAUUGUAAUACAUGAGGAGUUCACUGUAGAUGGUUGUCAAAAGCAACCACACUCUUCUCGCACAGUGCAGGGAUGGUAGAGGGUGAAUAAUCAGGAUACAUUAGGGUCAGGGGAGACACCGCUCUCAAGAGAUUGUAAAUACUUUGUUGCUAAAUUGGCCCAUUAAUGGGACAACCUUUUAAAGUUUAGAGUUUCAUUUAUUGUCAUUGUACAACACAGUGUUGUGCAGUUUGGAGUUCCAUUUGGCUACGUGAGAAAAAAAACAAUAAGUAAAAUUAUCUAAAUUUCUUUUCCGAUGUGUAUGAGUGCAUCAGUGAUAAAUGCAGCAAAGUUUGUCGGAGCUGUUGGCCGCCACAUUUACAUGCACCGCAGUUCCUGUACUGUGCCUUAACAGUCAAUAAAGUAUAAUGUUCAGUUGAAAUGAAUAGCAUUGCUAAUAAAGGUUUAUUGUUUGUUUACUUGAAUGUUUAACUCAUAGCCCUUUUGAAAUGAAAAAUUCAUUCGGUUUGCUUCUGCUUAUUGGCUGCACAGGACAACAUUAUUAUUUUUGGAGCAGAUAUGAUAUUAUAAUUGCGUUUAACAAAGACUUUAUGAGACCUUUUUAUUUAAUGAAAGAUUUCUUUAUCGCUCUUUUAAGCAAUUCAUUCAUGUAUUCCUUUUGAUAAAAAGUUCCCAAUCUCUUGAGAGCCAGAUAGGACAGUUAGGAUAACUAAAUAGUGCUUUUCUCUUAUUGUCUCUGUGUAUGAAUGGUAUUUGUGCAGUGUGCUUGUAUGUGAUUAACGUGUUUGAGUCUAACAAUUUGUGUUUUUUUUGGUGUGUUUUCAUUAAGUUAAGCCUGGUUCCAAACACUGCAUUGCUGUCAGCAUUGCAGUGUAUUGGGGAAAAACUGCCUAAUGAGGAAGCAAUGGUGGUUAAAAAAAACGUCUGCUAAUAUUUCAUUUGAAAUGUCCAAUAUGUCCUAGUAUGUUUGGUUAUAUGUAUUCAACAACUCUGAUGGUAAUAAAUUUACAAAUCAAA